AUUUAUUUCAAAAUACAUCACUGGAAAAGACGUUUUAUAGAAGAUUAAUUUGGCAACAAUACCAUUAAAAUACAUUUGAACGCUAAGAUAAGAAAUACAGUCAUAUAUCGGUCACCUAAGUACCUACCUAUUAUUAACUAAGAUAAUAAUAAAAUAGAAUAAGCAGCCGUAAAGAGGUAGCUGCGGGCAUAAUGACACUGUAACUGUUGAAAAUGAUUAUAUUUUUAACAAAUAAAACAAUAGUAUCACUGUUAUUAUUGACAUACAAUAUUUAAACUAAAGAAUAAAAUAUAUUCGGUAAACUAAUAUAGAAAACCACAGCUCCUCCACUUUAGGCCUUCUGUCCUGACCAUACCGUGUCCCGUACCAUGUAUAUCCAUUCAAAGUCGUAAAUUUGAAUAAAUAUUAUAUUAUUUCAAGCUGUUUUGUAGCAGACGCGUAAUCACAGAAAUUAUCUAAUAAAAUUAGAUACAUUAUAUUGUGUUCUUCUGUCUUCACCAUCCACCAGGAACAAAACUAUGCUUGUAAUAGAUAAUAUUUAAUCUUCUUUCCUUUAUCAAACUGUAUAUAUUUAUCCUAGCAAUUUCCUAGCACUAACAUCACAGUGUGGUCCCCUAACAUAUAAAUUACAACAGAACCAAAUGUAGAAAACUUCGGUAAAAAAUAAAUGUAAAUUAAUACUGUUUGCCUUCAAAAUUAGUUAAGUCAAUGUAUAAAAUGAUUACAAAAAUGGUCUAUAGGUAAGCGGGAAUAUUUAUAGAAUAAUAAUUAUCUAUUAUGGAACAUCAUGAAUUACACACAUCUCGUAAAUACGUAAUUGAGAUGACCUAUAGACUAUUUCAUUUUAUAGUUAACUUUUAUCACUGAAAAAAUUUGACAUACCUAAUUAAAAUACAAAAUUAUUAUAUUUUUUAGAAAUUAAUCUAGCGAAACCUUAUUCACAAAAGAUCUUUUAAUAAAAUAAUUGAUUUAGUCACGCUUUAAAUUAAAGGGACUGCAUUAUUUUCAAAUUUAAUACAAUUCACUUCCCACAUAUUAUUCGAGUUAUACUCUCAACCACAUCAUGCCAAUGUUUAUGAAAUGUAAAUAAAAUAAAAACUCUAUAAAAUAAAUAAAUUUCAUUUUCAUUUUAAACAUAUCCUCCUACAAAAUUCAAAAAAAUAACAAUAAGUAUAUUUUUUGUAAGUCUUAUAAGACUAUACUUUUUUGUAAUUUUAAAAUAUAAUGCCUUCCAUAACUUUCUUAAAACACUACUUCAAGGAUGUUAAGUCAGGAAAAGAUUUUAGUGGAGCACUCUACCAUGAAAUAUAUAUGUAUAAAUAAAACUAGGAACUCCUAAAUAUUUAGUUUGCAUUCAUUGUACUGAGAUCAGUUAAGUAAGUACCAAUAAUUAAGAACAUUCCUUAUGUUCUAUAAUAAUCAAACUGUACCUAUUUUAAAAAUACACUUAUGAAGUUUAGGCGCUGUUUUACCAUAUCUCUUUCGGUUAGUUUUAUUGGUAGAUAAUUUAACGUACCUCGUGACAGCGGUAAAACAGGUUCUAAAUCUAUCACUGGGCCCAUUGGGAACAGACCUACAUCAAGAAAUCUAUCGAAAAAUACGAUUUAAUAUGAUAAUAUUAUGAAUUUCAAAUAACAUUCGCUAAGCCGAAAAUGAACCUAAUUUAUAACACCUAUUAAAUACAAACUAAGAAACUCUAGUUUAAGCCUUUAAAUUCGAUAAUGGAAUAAAAUAUUUAUUACAGUCUUGCAAAUAAAAAAAUAUCAAAGUAAACUCCUUUUGAAAAAGGGGUUCCAAUAUUUACCCAUACCUUACUGAAUUAUCGGAAUACGUGUAAGUACAUAAAAUAUCAUUAACUAUCAUUAAGGGAAUAUUAAGUCAUCAUGAUUAAAAUUGAAUUUGACUUUGAUAUUGAGAUCGAAAUGAAAAUUGUCUGUCAUUACUUUACAAGGCAACUAAUACAAAAAUAAUUAUAAUGUGUACAUUAACUUAUGCAUUAAUUAUGAUAUUCACGCGGGAAAUAUAAACUAUGAUGAUAUGAAUAUUGAACAUUGAACAUCCCCAAUUAUAACAAUAGGGAAUUACUUGAUUGUCACUUCUAACUAGUACGAAAUUAGACAGUGAAACAGUGAACCUCGAGUCAGUUUUUGAAUUUUAUGUUUCUUGUUUUAUUUAUACAACGCCUUUGUAUGGUUACUAAUUGUUACUGACGUGUGACUAUUUAUUAACCAUACGAAGAGCAAAUGCGAUAUCAAUAACCUUAAGAAAUCAUUUUGUUUAGAAUGUUAAUGGUAUUUAGUAGUCAUCGUCAUCUUCUGGGUCAGACAUUGAGAAUAUUGGAACAAAUUUAGCUGUAUCCACCGGCCGGCGGAUGGCGUUGUAUCAGAAGACAUUUUUGGGCGGCGGUACGGAAACCACGGCGGCGCCAGCUCGUCCAGUGCUCAGAGGGGCCAAUUUACGCCAGCAGUUGGACUCAGAAUCAUAUACCUCUACCACGCACAGAUAUUGGACUCCGUCGUAUCCACCAACAGCAACGAUUCGGUCGCCAAGUAGACAAGAACCAAUAGCAUCUCUGCCAUAAGAGAGGCGAGCUAAAAGAACCCAAGUGUCUGCUACAGGGUCGUAUCGCUCGACGCAGGCCAGGCGACCGCCGACAGUGUUGGCGGGCGCCUCGUGCCCUCCCAGGGCGUAUAAGUAGCCACCUGCUGCACACACGCUGACUCCUCCACGACGCCUGGUCAUAGGUGCGCAGUUGGUCCAAUGGUUGGUGGCCGGGUCGUAGCACUCGACGGAGCGCAGACAGGCCCCUCCAUCCCGACCACCCACCGCGUAGAGGCGGCCACGCAGUGCCGCCACCCCACAGGUACUGCGCGCCCCCGUCAUCGGGGACACGAUAGUCCACGUACGGGAACACGCGUCCCAUCUUUCUACAGAAUUUAAAUAUAUCCAUCCAUCGUGACCGCCUACUGCGUAUACGGGGGAGUUUGGCCCAUCGCCUAGAACUGCGACACCAAGUCCGUGCCGGUGGGUAUUCAUAGGAGCCAGUACACUCCAGCUCAGAGAUGUCAAAUCGAAGCAUUCAACCGUAUUUAAAGUUUUAAGUCCAUCUCUGCCGCCAACAACGAUAAGUUUGUUUUGCAUGACUGCAACACCAAACUGCAGUCUCCUUGCACCCAUACGCAUAAAUGGCGUCCAUGUAUUCGUUCGAGGAUCGUACAUUUCCAUAUUACUGGCACCCUUGUAUCCGUCCAUGCCGCCAAUAGCUAAAAGGCGUCCAAUAGUCGAUGUCCGUGGUCGGGUUCUAUGUGAGAAUAGAAGAGAUCUUCGCUCAGGCAACAGGUGCCACUUCACAGCUUCCAUGAUGAGAGGCUGGCAUUCUGGUACAUUACCACAGGCUUGUUCCACCUUGUCAAUAAGGUACUCAGAUGAAAGAAGAGGCAGCUUAAUUAACUUCAGUAAAGUGGCCAAAUGGCAUUCUCUGGUUGCACUAUCAUGCUGAACCCAAGUCAUCAAGCUUUCAAAUACAUUUUCCUCAGUCACUACAUUGAGGUCAUCAGAUUUUAAUAAAUUGGACAGUUGGUCUGACUGCAGUGAAAGGAACUCUUGAUGUUUUACCACCUGCAUGAAGUUUUGGUAAGUGUAUUUUAAAGCGCUUUUGUGUAAAUCCAGACAUGACUGUUGUUCAGCAAAUAAAGCUAUACCCAGGCAAUUGCAUGGGUCUAGCUGCUUCUUUAAGAAAGCGCAACAAGCAUUUGUAACAGAAUUAAGCUGCAGCAAGCUCGAUGUUGAAAGGAGCACCUCAACUGUUUCCUCUCUCAGCUCUAUGGUGCCAGUGUAACAAUAGUGCACUAGGUCCUGUAGAGCUUGGGGAUCAACUCUUUCAAGAGUUAUUUCACUGGACUGAGCUUCCCGUAAGGAGCCAGUGAACAUUGCUGCAAAAUACUCACUGCAUGAUGCAAGCAGUAUUUUAUGUGCUGGUAUUCUGCAUCCUCCUGCAAUAAGGACAACAUCGCACAAUUUUUGGGAUUGGUAAUAACCAAAAAUAUUUUUUAAGGCAGCCCCCGAGUGUCCUGUGUCACAAAAGAAUUCAUCUUGGCUGGAACCACUUGAAAGACUUAACUGACUCAGUUCCCUUGGCAAACCUUCAUCGAUCGAAUUGCUCGAUAUAUUAUCUUUAGAAGACUCAGGCUUCUGAGUCUCGCUUGCUGACAUUUUUAACUUGGAAGUUAUUAUCGCGAGCACUUUUAUAUCUUAUAUUAUUUUCUUUAAAAAUUUAAACUGCACAAUUCAUAACAAAGCAACGACGCUUCGACAAGAAUUUUUGCAAACGAAAACAAAGACAUGUAUUUUUCAUUCGUUGACAAAGGAGCCUG